GCUCUGAUCGGAGAAGCCUCAAUAUCCCUGCAGGAAAGUGAUUCUGGGUUAGUGACGACACUUCCCCUCUCUCCUUGGAUUUAUCCCCGAAGUUUUUCCCCCCGCAUCUCCCUGCCGACUGCCGAGACCCUGAGAAAGGGAACUUUUUUUUUAUUAUUAUUAAUAUUUAUUUUCUUGUCCAAGCCCGAAACCAAACUCCCGACAUGUCGCCGCCGUCUCGCCGGCUUCAGACGAAGCCAGUGAUCACCUGCCUGAAGACUUUCCUCAUCUCCUACAGCCUCAUUUUCUGGCUCACAGGCGUGAUCCUGCUGGCCGUCGGCGUAUGGGGGAAGGUCAGCCUGGAGGCCUAUUUGUCCCUGGCUUCUGAUGAGAGCACCAAUGCACCAUACGUCCUCAUCGGGACUGGAUCCAUCAUUGUUAUCUUUGGACUGUUUGGCUGCUUCGCUACGUGCCGCGGCAGCCCAUGGAUGUUGAAACUGUAUGCCAUGUUCUUGACUCUGGUGUUCCUGGCUGAGCUUGUGGCUGGAAUUUCAGGCUUCAUCUUCAGGCAUGAGAUCAAGGCCAAAAUGGGCAUUGCUUUCAAAGAGGCAGUGAAGCAUUACAAUAGCACCGACAGUAUUAGCCAUACUGUUGACAGCAUCCAGAGAAACCUGCAAUGCUGUGGAGCGAAAAAUUACACGGACUGGAAGGACACAAAUUACUUCAACGAGAAUGGGAUCCCAUCCAGCUGCUGUAUAGACCCCGCAAACUGCACACCAGAGAUCCUGAAAGACAUCGACAAAGCUGGGAAAGAAGUGUACCAAACAGGGUGCUUUGCUUUGGUGACCGAUGUGAUGGAAUCCAACCUGGGAAUCAUUGCUGGGAUCUCUUUUGGGAUCGCAUUCUUCCAGGUCAUUGGGAUUUUCCUUGCCUGUUGCUUGUCUCGAUACAUAACCAGCAACCAGUAUGAGAUGGUCUAAUAGUUGCCCUCCACAGGCCACUGAUGGGCAGCCCGUGUUCCAGUCUGGGUUUAGAUUUUAAUGUGUUUAGUCUAUCAUUUUAGAAAGGGAAACUCGCAACACUUCUUCUUUUAUUCAGUCUCCCAACGACUGAAGGGAAAAGGUUUGAAAGGGAUGAUACCUGCGGCGCGGUUCGACCAAAAUCAAAAGGGACCCGGAUGUUUCACAUUUAAUUAACUAAUUCCAGUAAUCAUAGCUGUCUUUAUGUAUUUUUCACUUGAGUUCAUUUGUCAAUGUUUUUAUUUCCUAUCUUGCAUCUGCCUUAUUUUGUAAUUAGUGGACAAUGAGCUAGUAAAUGUUUAACUUUAGCACCACUCGUGCAUGAGAAACCCAUUCGAGCCUGACGAGGACGAGAGCCCGCCACCCUGGGUCCGAGUCUGGGUGGGUUAUCUGGUAACAAACCUUACUAAUACUGGGACAGUAUUCCUGAAAACCUACGUUCACGUGUGCCAACUCCAGCCGCCCUGCCAGUUUUGUAUGACAGUCUUCAGUGUUUAGUGGUUUUCGCUUUUGUUGUUGCAUGUGAAAUACUUGAAAAAAAAUAAAGAUGAAAUCCUGUAUCUUUAA